AUGGUUAAGAACAACUCAGAGGACAUAUCAACAAUUUCAAAUGAUAAUAUCCCGGAAAAGAUUAUUCAGGAUGUUGCAAUAAUUCAUGACCAACUAAAUGAUAUUGUUGUUCAGUUAAAUCGAUGCUUCGCUUUUCAGAUAAUGACCUACAUGAUAUGUUGCUUCGUAAAUAUGAUUCAUGGAUCUUUUGAAUUCUACCAAAUUGUUUUCAAAACAAACUACAGUUCGUUAAAAUACCACGCAUAUUUGGAUGUUAUGUGGAUCAUUUAUUAUGCUCUAUAUCUGAUGUUUAUUAUAAUAAUGAGCAGUCUUGUGAAACGCGAGGGCCUGAAAACUGCGGUCUUGGUUCACAAAGCCAUAAACUUUAAUCGCAACCCUAAAGUUAUCCAAAAGGUGAGUUAA